GAGUAGCAGUGCGAAGAGUUAGUGAACGGGCGCGCGCGUCUCUUUUACUUGGAAAUUUUAUAGCCUCGACCGACAAAGCAAAUAAUUAAAGCCAGGAAAGAAAAUAAACGAAAAGGAAGAAGAAGAAACAGUGAAGUGAACAGUGUAUGUGAAAAGAAAACGAUAGAGAGGAAGCAUGCUGCGAGUUUUAACUAGAAGUUAGUAAAUUGGUGAAUUGCCGACGCGAUUUUCGCAAGCGCGUAUCGAACAUUAAGUGAAUAAUUUUCCAACGCGUUUUUACUAGAAAAAUUUGUUUAUCAACGACGCGCGGUGUUUUAGAAAGGAAAAUUGACACACUGUCGCUGACAGCAGCCAUCGUGCGCGCGCGUUAUGAGUGCGUUUGGGUAUAUAGUUAUUUGUGUUUGUGAAAGCGCAGCGCUUGACCUUUUAUAAGCUUUUGGCAGCAAGCGCCGCGCCGCGUAGCGCCUCUUUUAUAAGCCACAUUGCAAGCUUACCGACGGCUUUUUGCAUAAACAGUGUACCUGCUGGUUCUUAUCUGUAAAAGCGCUUUAUGUGCGCCCAUGAACUGGUGUGUAUAGCUGCCAUUGCCGUUAUCAGCUGCCUUCGCAGCGUUGACCAACGCAAGUAGCUCAAUGUCAACGGUGGCGACUACGCGCGCAUCGCUUACACAACACGCACUGUCAUCGUCACGGUCAUCGUCAUCGCCACCGCCGUCUGUCGUUACUGUUACAUCGUCAGUCCCAGCAUCGCCCACAACACCGCCACCGCCACUGCAAGCGCCCAACCUAUUGUCAUCGCAUUCGCAUAGCCACGCGCCCCUAUUCGAGCAGUUGUACGCGCUGCGUCGUCAACGCGUCGAUAUGCAUCCAGAUUGCAUGCUGUUGCAAGCGCAUGGCGUAACAAGUCCGCGCUUGAGCCCAAGCGCAGCAGCGUUAACAGCUGCAAAAAGCAGACGACCCAGCGCGCCGAUGGAAGCAUCGGCGGCGGCGGAGGAACCGGAAGAAGAUAUAUGCGAAGCGGUCGAUUCGGCUGAUGAAAUGGAUGUGGUGGGUGACAACGACGACGACGACGACGAGGGGGAUAUGAGAUCGCAAGCGAUAAGCGAAUUGGAAGCCAAAGCAACCGCUACACGUUUGGUUGGUACAACACCUCACGGCGGGGUAGAAGUAGAGGCGGGUGAGGAUGUGGAAGAGGACGAUGAUGCGCUUAGUCUGUGUAGUGAGGACAGCGAAUUGUCUGUGGGGCAGGAGGGAGGCAGCGCGGCGAAUAGUGGCUGCCACACGGCGCCCAGUUUUUGUGAUUUCAACCAACAACGUCGGCUAUUGCUGAGUAAUGUUGGCAAUAUGAUGGCAUUGUGCGCGCCGUCGGCAUUUAGCAGCGUACAUGCGCCCGGCGCUUCAGCGUACGGCGGCGAUGGCAGUGAUGCGCGUUCGAGCGCCUCAACGGACGACAAUACAAUACAGCAGUUGGACGACGAGAGCGUGGGUAGUGGGACGGGACUUACAUUGCAGCCACAGCAGGCGCCGCCACCUCUGCAACCAGGUACCGCUAUGCUCGAUCCAUAUGUAGUGGCCAGCGCAUUGCGUAUGCCGGUGCCAAUGGUGCCGCGCGCAGCGCCUACACACGCUGCGUCCUUUCAAACGGAAUUCAUGCGAAAGUCGCACAUGUACGCCGAGGAGUUGGUGAAGCAACAAAUGCAAUUUAUGGCUGCAGCGCGCGCCAGCGCUUUUACGUUGCGCGGCACCAGCACGGUGGAGAGCGCAGCUGCGGCGGAAAGACGCGCUUUUGCGCGCGUACAAGGCGCGUCACAACAAAUGUCCAACUUGGCGAGCAUACAAUCACAACUAACGGCCAUCACAAAAAUGUCACAACUCAGCGCUGCGGCGGCAGCUGCAGCUGUGGCUGUAGCAGCGGUAGCCAAUAAUAAUCAGCCCGCGCAGCAUUCACAACACCCGCAAUUGCAACAAAAUAAAUCGAAUUUUCCCAAUAACGCAGACGCGCUGAGCAAGCUGAGCGCUUUGACCACAGCGCAUACGCACCUCUCGCCCACCUCCGCCUCGGCAGCCGUUUCAAGCUUGAGCCAACUACAGGCGCAAAUGCAAGCGCAUUUUCCGUACGCUCAUAGCAAUCAUGCCAACAACAACCUCAACAAUAACAACAAUCUAAAUGAACCGGCGCUCAAAUUUAGCAUUGACAAUAUUUUGAAAGCCGAUUUUGGCAGGCGUCUAGCGGAGGGCGCAGCCUGCAUGGCGGCGUGUAACAGCAGCUCGCGUGCAACGAAAACCUACGGUGGCGGUAAUAGCACCAGCGCUUUACUACGUGCGCGGAAAGCGGCUGCAGCAUCGUCUGUGAAUGCAGCUGCGGCAGCGUCUUCGGCUAGUGCUGGCGCUAAUGCCACCAACUCCGCGAUCGCCAUUGACCUAACGCAUUUGAGCGCUUCAUCGACUGCGACCACCACAACGUCUUCGACGGCUACGCUGAACUUUUCGCAUACACUCGCGAAUAUCUGCACAAACAGCAGCGAUUCUAAUAGCACCGCGGUGAGCAGCAGCUAUGGCGGUGCCGCCUCUGAGCAUGCAAAGUCACCUGGCGCUGCUGGAGCGGCGAAUGGUGAUUUUUCAGCGGCAGCGGCGAAAUGCGCAGCUACGUCGACGGAAGAGUCGAAUGGCGGCGGUAGCAGCAGCAGCGCUGUAAAGUCCAGUGGCACAGGUGCGAGCGGCAGCGGCCCGAUUGUGUGGCCAGCGUGGGUGUACUGCACGCGCUACAGCGAUCGACCCAGUUCAGGUACGUAA